AUGAUCAGCGCCAUGCCAGCGGUGGCCGUCCGCCGGGAACGGAAGAAACAACGAGCGGCGGCGGCGGCGUCGUUGGCGGGGAGUCGGCGAGGCAGCCUCUCGUCCCUCCCGUCUCCCUCCACCCGCUCUUCCAGCCUCCUCUCCUCGCCGCUCUCGGUGCCCGGCAACUACUACAACUACUUCAGCAGCCAGCGGCCGCGACGACCCUCCUCCUCCUCCGCACCCGCCCUCCACACGCCGCCGCCCGCGCCGGCGUCAUCGGCCGGCGCUCCCCCGCCCUCCCGGCGGCCGAGCGCCAGCGUGUCCACCAUCUCCAGCGCCGCCAGCAACUACGUCAGCGCCCUGCACCGGGUGCACGAGCGCCAGAUGGAGACGCGCCGCGAGCGCGCCCGCUUCCUCGUGUACACCGGCUCCGUGCUGAUGGCGAGCGGCGCCGCGCUCGUCGUCAUCGGACUGGCGGCGCGCGCAGCCGCCGCGCAGACCGUCGGCGCGCUUUUCCUGUGCCUCGGCGCCGCCUCCUGCCUGGUGCGCGUCUUCUGCCUCGCGCCGCGAGAGGAGCUGCCGCUCGUGAAGCGCGCCCGCGCCGUCUCGGGCCAGUCCAUCUACGUGCCCUCGUCCUCGGCGCACCCGAGCGCCGCCACGACGCCCGGCACGGACGACUCCUCGACCACCUCCUCGUACUACUUCUCGGCGGUGCCCAUGCACCGCGUGCCCCCACUCCUCUCGCCGGAGACCCCGCCGGCCCCUCCGCCGCUGCAACCACCCCCGCCGGUGGUGGUGCCUGGGGUGCACGGGGCGGUGGGCAGCCACAGAAGCAACCCCUCGAGUCUGUUGACGCCGAUGAGUCUUAACAGCAUUCCGGAAAUGCAAGUCUUGAUCACCGAUGACAGUCAAAGGUACUGA